AUCCAACCCAUCAGUACCCAACCUUCCCCUACACCAGAAAAAUCCCCAGUUCUUUGGUCCGCGUCAGAGAGGCGGCGGCGAUGUCUGGGCGCGGCAAGGGCGGCAAGGGUCUGGGCAAGGGCGGCGCGAAGCGCCACCGGAAGGUGCUCCGCGACAACAUCCAGGGCAUCACCAAGCCGGCGAUCCGGAGGCUGGCUAGGAGGGGUGGCGUGAAGCGCAUCUCGGGGCUCAUCUACGAGGAGACCCGCGGCGUGCUCAAGAUCUUUCUCGAGAACGUCAUCCGCGACGCCGUCACCUACACCGAGCACGCGCGCCGCAAGACCGUGACCGCCAUGGACGUCGUCUACGCGCUCAAGCGCCAGGGCCGCACCCUCUACGGCUUCGGAGGCUAGGCUAGGCGCCUCUUCGUAGUCGGGGACUGGUUAGGGGACAUGUCUCUGUGUGAUGCUUUCUGAGGUAGUAUUGCUGCAAUAGCUGUGUAAUCCAUCGCUUCUGCAAUGAAGCGCUUUGAAGCAUGCUACGUAUGUUGUGUCUGUGGGUGAUUGUAUUUCUGGUAGUAACAGUGAUUCUUCCUGAAUUUUGGAUAAUACAAGCUCAUUCGCAGUAGUUUCUGAUGUAA